ACUUGAGUGAUAUUUCUUUUCUUUUCACUUUCUUUCCUGUGCAUUGCUUACCUUUUUCCCUUAUAGAUAUUUGCUACGGACGAAACUGAAGAUACUGAGCGUCGAAUCAUUUACAGGGCUUCGUGGGCUAGAUUCUAAACUGUGAUGUAUCAUAUUUAUCACAAACUGACCCAAACAGCAAUGAUAAAUAUUAGACUUGUCUUUCCUCCUAAACAUAAUAGGUUAUGUAAGAAAAUAAACCAGUGCCAUGGUGGUAUGACUUGUAACUAUAUUCAUCUUUAGAAAUAGCAAGACUUGUUGUUUCAUCUUUUGUCAUGCUUGAGUUAAAAGAGGAAGCCUGUAAACUUCCAAUCACUGCAUUGUCCACGUGACGACUUGAUACUUUUCUGAGUUGUAUUUAAUUAAAUCGUUUUAGUUGUGAAUAUAUACUCAGAUUAUCCGAUGCUUAAACUUCUUUUUGUCAGGGUGAUAAAGGAUAGAACAGCUGGAACACUCAGAUAUCGUUCUUCUCUAGGCCAGAACUGUACAAUUUAUCUGAAUCCUCUCAAUUCUGAUGCAGAAGUUAUCAAAGUCUAUAGUCCAGAAUCAAAGCGAAGUAUAGCUUUCGUUUCCGCUCUCAUGGCUUCAGGAUUCACCAGGAUACCUAACAACUUUACGGAUGACAUUUAUCAUUCCUUUCUACCAUGUCCAGUGGGAACGUUCUCAAACACGACAUCUAAAGGAAAAGAUGGAUGCACGCCGUGUUCCCCAGGUUACUGUUACUCUUCAGUUAAAUUGCUUGUGUGACUAGGAUUAUCUAGAGCUUGUCUUCAGAGUUUUAUGGGAGUGGAAUGAGCCCACAGUAAGUGCAGACCGGAGUAAAACCCGGUCAAGGGCGCAUAAAAAUAUCGGUUGAUAGGUAGAGCUCAAACCCUGGAUAAAAUAUCCACCUUCCAAAAUACGUACCUUCAAGAAAUAUACAGACGAAGGAUCCCUGGAAUGCAUCCUAACUAUUCAGUCAAAACCGCGAGUGCAAAACCCCUUCAAUGAGUGCCUUAUGUCUGCUUUAUUUCGUAAGUUCAGAAUACACUGUAAAUCUUUUACAGGUGGAUUUUACUCUGACAAUCUCGGCCACGUGGCUGAAAACUGCAAGAGGUGUCCAAAUGGUUCCUUUGUAGCAUAUGACAAAGCACCAGGAACACGAACGCAAGAUUGCAAGUCUUGUCCCCAUGGAACAGAUACUGAUUUCUUUGCUGGAUAUCGUGGUUGCAAAUGUUUGGCAGGAUUUUAUCGAACACAUAUGUUCGACAAAUGUGAAAAAUGUGGCUUAGGUGGACUGAAAUGCCAAGAUGAUUUUGCGUCUUUAAAGUCUGGUUACUGGUGGGAAUGGCGUAAUACGACGCACAAAGAUCGAUAAAAAGAAUUUAUAACAAAUCUUUUGGCAACCUUACCAACACUAGGUGUUGAUGAUGUGCAAUUCCCUCAUCCUAUACCAACGCCAUACAAGUGUCCAAGAGAGGAAUCUUGCGGAGGUGAACUGGAUUCUCCCUGCGACAUUGGCUACGAAGGUCCACUCUGUGCUGUUUGCAGUAAAGGACAUUAUAAGCAAUUACAAACCUGCAAAAAAUGUCCAUCAAAGAGGUGGAUACUGGGACAGUUAUCCAUCGUCGUGGCCAUUUUAAUGAUUAUUGUGGUAGGCUUGGCGUGGUCAGCGAGCAAAAGAAAAGUUAAAAAGGACAAAGGGCGCACUCUAAUAGACAUGUUCUUUUCUAAACUUAAGAUUGUUAUUGGAUUUUAUCAGGUCACUUACGGUUUGUUGGAAGCGUUCUCCUACAUUAAGUGGCCAGAUUCCAUGGAAGUUAUCGCCCAAUAUUCCGAAAUACUCCAAAUGAAUGUCCUUCAGAUAGCACCUAUUGACUGCUUAGUUUCGGGAUUUCGAGUGAAUGCGUUUGGUAGCAUAUUUGCAAUGAUGGCCAUAAAUGCUCUUGUCAUUGGUGUUUCAGGCGCCGCGUACGGAGUGCGUAAAGUCAUCAUCUUAAGAAACAGCGACAUUGGCGAGGAAGAAAAGUCCAGUAGACUCUCCCAGACCAAAGAGCUUGUGUACAGGAAUCUGUUUUUCAUUUUGUACGUUACGUAUCUCAGCACCUGUACCAAAACAGCCAAUGUCCUCCCAUUUGCUUGUCGGAAACUUUGCCGCGAUGAGAAAGAGGAACUUUGUUUCAAAUACCUGAAAGCAGAUUACAGCGUACGAUGCCAAGGUCCACAGUACGACAACUUACUUAUCUUGGGAUACAUCUCCACCGCCUACAUCAUUAUCCUUCCAGCCGCUUCAUUCAUUGCCCUUUGGAGAGAACGAAGAAUGAUAAUGGCUACAGGACGCGACAAGAAAUCGCAGAAUCCAAACGCUAGCGCGGAAAUGAUCGCAGGAUUACGCUUCCUUUUUGAAAACUACAAACCUCGUUCUUGGUUUUGGGAACUGGUCGAAAUGUGUCGAAAACUAAUCCUCACAUCGGGUCUCAUUCUAGUGGGACAAGAGAGCAGGUCCUACAUUGGUCUGGCAUGGGUAAUCGCUGGGAUGUACGGAAUGCUAUUUGCUUUUAUCAGUCCCAUACGAGACGUAGUCGAGAACCGAUUGAUGGUAGUUUCACUGUCUGUUACUAUCGUCAACUUGGGCGUCGGAGCUGUCAGCAGAAUACCCGCCGAGAAUCUCCCAGGCUCGACAGAUGCGUACACAGACACGGCCCUGUUCAAGGCAUUAGUGCUUGGAGCAAAUACUUUGGUGAUCGGUUUAGUUGCUGGUAAGACGAUACGUUAAAAUAGAUCCUUGCUCUGCAGUUGUUGUUAAGUGAUAAUAAGGGCCUGGCUUUGAUUUGGAUUAACUAGAA